AUCAGAAUCUCUUCAUAUCUGGCUCCUUGUUGUUUGUAUAUCACGAGGAAGGACGGGGAAGGGAGAACUAGACUGAAUCCCUGUAGUUAGAGAGAGAAAACAGUGUGAGGGAUCCUUUUGUGUUUUGGGGGGUGAGAACAGUUCGCGGAUCUGGAUUGAGAGAAAUUAGGGUUUGUGGCUAUUGGAGGGAAAAACUCGUGGAAGGGGUCGUUAGGGUUUCUUUUAUGAUUGGCUGGUAAAUAUGGUGGAGGAGCGAGUUCCGUUGGAGAUAAUUUUGCGACCAGAAGCAUUUGGAAAACCGGUGUAAAAUCCUAUUUCCAGGUUCAACGAAUCAAUUUUUAUAUACAUGGCUGAUCAAAAAGUUGGUAAGCGCUCGAUGGGACGGAAAGGUCGUUCAAAGAUGGAGUCUGGAACUUGCAAUGUUUGCUCUGCCCCUUGUUCAUUGUGCUUGCACCGUAGCACUCCCGGCCUCACAGGUUCAAAGUGUGAUGAGUCAUCAGAUGAAACCGGCCCUGGAAUAGCAGCCAGUCAGUGUUCUGUAAACGAGGAUGAUGUUUUACGUUCUUCUAGGGUUAUUAAAGCUCACAGCGAUUCACAUACUGCAAGUGAAGCCAGCAAUCUAGUUAAUUCGAAUCAUGAUACUUUCUCUGAGAAUGCUGAGAGUAAGGAAAUUGUAAGAUCUUCUGAGGUAUCCAAUGAUUCAGGAGCUUUUGAGAUGAGUUCUAAGGUAUCUUCUGUUAAAAUUGGUGUGAAUCAUAAGCCAUUUGCCACAGCUAAUGUAUUAGAUCAGAGCCCAAAAUGUGUCAAAGGUCAGGAAGACAGGAGAGCCGAUGAUCCUAACACAAAGGCAUGCAACAAGGAUUCCUCAGUUAGUUCGGCUCUUGUUUCUGACCCAAUUUUGGAUGCAUCUGAUCAAAAUCAUGAUUUCACGAAGGCAGACCCGUGUAGUGCUCUUCCAGAUGAAGCUAAAUCACAAUCUUUACCUUGUCCAUCAUUCAAUCACGAAGACAAAAACUCUUCAGGCCUGGAAAAAAUGAAGGAAAAAUCAGGAGUACAGAGUAACAGGGACAGCAAAAAUAUAAUGACUGAAGGUUCUGCACAUUUUUGCCAAGACAGCAACAAUGAGAAGUCAGAUGAAAAUGCUGAGGCACAGAAGGCUGAAGGGCCAAACACAUCGGCUAUGUCUGAGAAUGAGAGUGACGAUUCGGAAAUGGUGGAACAUGAUGUAAAAGUUUGUGAUAUUUGUGGAGAUGCGGGUCGAGAGGAUUUGCUUGCUAUCUGCAGCAGAUGCAGUGAUGGUGCAGAACACACUUAUUGCAUGAGGGAAAUGAUUGAUGAAGUUCCCGAAGGUGAUUGGCUUUGUGAAGAAUGCAAGUUUGCCGAGGAAGCUGAACAACAGAAGCUAGAGGCCAAGAAAAAUAGGGAAACUGGGCCGAAUUUGAAUGCACAAACCUCUGACAAAAGGUGUGCUGAAAAGGCUGAGGCAGCUUUGGAUGUUAAAAGACAGGCAGUUGAGGGUCCUACAGGUUCACCCAAAAAAUCCAUUCUCCCCAGAAUAGCUGCGUUAUCUCGAGAACCAUCAUUCAAGGCCUUAGACAAGCCAAAGAGAACGCUAGUCCAUCAAACAUCUUUCACCAGUCUGUCAAGUGAUGAUGCUGAAAGUACACACUCUACUGAUUCCCAGUUCCAAUCAACCAAAGGUACCUUCUUCAGAUCCAGUUCGUUCAAUGCCAACUCAAAACCGAAAGUGAAACUUGUAGAUGAUGUUAUUCUCCCAAGACAAAGGACAACUAAAGAACAUGUCUCUAUUGAUGUGAAGGAGGGAGUUUCUAGAACUGUAGGCAAAUCAAUGUCAAUUAGAUCUACAGAAGUAGGGUGUUCUAGUGGUAACGAUUUAAAAGGGAAAACGGUUCUAUCGAAAUUUUAUCAUCUUCAAGACGUUAAAAGUUCUAAGCAACUGAAAGAUCAGAGUACUGAAGCUAACUCAUCAGUACCAACCGACGACCAGAAGUUAAUUUCACGUGGCAAUUCUUUUGUUUCUCGUGCAAAAAAUACCCGUGAUUUGAAGGGUAAACUAGGUAGCUUGACAAGGCAAACCAGCAAUCUAACUCGAAACCGUCUGGAAAAUCCAAUUGCUUCUGUGGGAGAAUCUUCCAUAAAUGAGAAGGAUGAACCAUCAUCCGUUUCAAGGCCCACCGAGGGGUUGACCAGCCAUGCCACUGUUAAUACCCCUGAUGCAACACCUCGGUCAAGGGAAUUCCGUGAGAUGGGUGAAAAGAGCAAGGAGGUCUUUAUUAAUCGCUCAAGGGCUAGCUUGCCAUCUGGUUCAAAAGGCCUGGCAUCUCAAAAGGAAGGUCAGACGGCAGAACCAAUUGACACCUCAUGUGCUUCUGAGAGUGACCCCUCUACGACAAAAAAAUUUAGGGAGGACAUAAAUAAGGGAAAUAGGUUGAGAGCAGCCGUUGAUGCAGCUCUCCGUAAAAAGCCCAACUUUGGUAAGAACAGAGGAUCACAGCUACCAGAUGGAUCUUUGGUGUCUAACAUGGAUUCAAGUUGUGAUAAGACUUCUCAAAGCCAAUUGCCUUUGAAGACAACUAAGAAUUCUAUGUCAUCUGAAGGACCUCAAGGAGGGGAACUGAACUUAAAGAUUAUUUCUGAUCCAUACAAACAGGCAAUCGCAACUAAUGGGAAGCAGCUUCCAUUCUCUGCUGCUGAUGCAAUGUAUUCUCCACGAUCUGCAGACCUUGAAGUCAAUUUUCCUUCCGUAAAGCCAGUCAUGAGAGAUUGGCCUUUGGUACCGACAAUUGUUCUACCAAAAACGUCAGCCAUACCAGAGCAUGAAUAUAUAUGGCAAGGGGACUUGGAGGUGCAAAGUAGCAGAAAUCUAUUGGAGAUGCAUAGUGGAAUUCAAGCACAUCUAUCAACCUUAGCAUCACCUAAGGUUCGUGAAAUGGUUAAUAAAUUCCUGGGGAAAGUCCCCUUGAAUGAAGUGCCUAGGCUAAGUACGUGGCCUGCACAAUUUCGAGAUACAGGAGCCAAGGAAGACCAUAUAGCCCUUUUCUUUUUUGCCAAGGACAUUGAGAGUUAUGAGAAAAAUUACAAGCCCCUCGUAGUUAACAUGAUUAAGAAAGAUUUAGCCCUAAAAGGAAACCUCGGUAGUGUUGAGCUCUUGAUUUUUGCAUCCAACCAGCUUCCCCGGCACUGCCAGCGUUGGAACAUGUUAUUUUUCCUCUGGGGUGUAUUCCGUGGAAGAAAAGAAAGUUCUUCAAACCCGCUGAAUAACCCAUCUCUUCCUCCAACUUCAAAUGUUUUGCCACAUGAUAGAGAUCAAAAUCUCUCUAAUCAAAGGCAUUUGUCUUUGAAGCAUGCGGAGAAGAUGCCAUCUGCUCGUGAGAGCUAUUGCAGCACAACUGAAACUGAAAGUAAGGUGGGCGUAAGUAGCCAUGUGGAUCUAAAUAACAAAGAAUCUUCCAUUGUGCUCCCAUCCAUUGGUUCAGAAGUGAACAACAAGGACUCCAAUCUUUCUCCGAGGUUUAUGUCGAGCAGUAUGCAGUCAUGCCCCAAGGCGGGAUGUUCUAAUCCCCUGGAAGAAAAAACUGCUCCGAAAGAUGAUGUUGCAGGCGUUAGUCCUAUCCCUCUUCUAGCAACUGGCACAGGGGGUACUCGUAAUGAAAGUGAGAAGACAUCCUCUGCUUCAUCUGAUGAAGAUGGUCUAGUGAAAGAGGUUCCGCCCGCAGAGGAACAAAAGAUAGGCGAUGGCACUCAAGUGAAAGAGGAGGAAACAUCGGGUAGCGGAGAGAAUCCGGCUUUAACUGCCACUGACUUGGAGGGUCGGUCUGGGGAGCGAGAAAACAUUUCAGACCGAAAUCUCAGUUGUGGCCAGGCUGGUGAACGGAAGCGCCCAUUUUUGGAUCUGACGGUGCCUGCCAUGGAAGAUUCCUCCGAGAAUGGUGAAAUUUUAUAUGAAGGGUCCGCCAAUAAGAAGCCGAAGACCGAUCAUGGAGGAGAAAAUGAAGGUCGGGUAUCUGGUAAAGAUUCUGCACCGAGAAAAGGUGACAUGCUCGGUCCUAGUUCCUCAACAGAAACGAGGGAUCAUCAUCAUCGGUCAGGUGAAGAGAAGAAUGAGAUGAAGAAGAUGGUGACGAUCAAGAAGGAAACAGAUGAAAGAGCUGAAAGAAUAGUGUUUCCACUGGACUUGAACGAGAUAAAGGAAGAAGACAGUCCCAUACCAUUGUGCGGGAACCAAAGAUUAUUGCAUGGUCCAGUCCCAAACCUUGAGCUUGCUUUAGGAGUCGAAGAAACAACAGUAACUUUCACAGAACAUGGUGAUGGUAAUCGACAUAAGACACAAGAUCAGAUGAUGAUGAGGAUGACCAGUGAAGUAAAACAAGAAGAAGAAGAAGAAGAAGCUUCAUCUCUCUCCCUAUCCCUUGCCUUCCCUUCCAUGGAGACAGAGCAGAGUUUGAGGAGAAGACCCAUGACCGUGUCUAGUUCAGAACAGGAGAUGCAAAAGAAGAAUGUGAAUACUCCUCCACUGUUUCUCUUCAGGGACUUGACCGACAAGUCCAUUUAGCUUUGUGGGUUUUGUGCCUACCCGAACUAGAAGAUAGAAGAGAUGGUUCUUCAAGUCUGCAUCUCUGUUUAUAAUCCUCUCCCCCUUUUUUUUUUUUCGGAACGUCCACUAAAAUAAUACCAUAAGCCAAUGUUGUUGGUCUUCUUGUCUUUUAGGUCUCCCUUGACAGAAUCACAGCAGCUUUGUACAUAGAAAGCGACAGGAAAAGGACAUAACACUGUUUCGAAAAGAUUGAUUGUUGGUCGAAA